AUGUCUCCACGUGUCUACAGAGCCAAGACAGGGUUGGUGCAGUUUAUUUUCACUCUGACAAAGGUCUUUCGCCGCAUGGCCGUUGAGGCUGUCGCGGACAACUUUGAGACAAUAAUCUCAGGCUUCAUUGCCAGACUCUGCAAGAAUUCUUCUGAGAACCUAGGGGAGCCUUCAUUGAGAAGCCAGACAUUGUCUUGA